UUCGUUUGGCGCGCGGUCAGUUACAAAUUUAUUUUUGUGUAAAAUAAAUCUUUGAUCCUCUCUUAUCACGAAUAUCUUCCGCAUACGAUAAAAAAUAGAACGUGAUGCUAAAAAAAUAAAAAAAUUAAAUAAAUUGAAUUAAGGCAAGGAGAUUGCAUUCAAACCCCGAUAUAUUUAACACACAAUAAAAAGUGAAAAGAUUAUGCAAUUUGUAGACAUUCCGUAGACACAAACGCUAUUCAGUUCACCGCUCGUCCGUAGCGCUCGUACGUCGAGUACUGAUCUACGGAAGUACGUAAUGUUGUCAUUUUAACUCAAAAACUGUGUCUCAAUGGACGUAAUUCGACCAGUUUUGUGUGGAUUUUGCGCCUAGAACGAGAAAAAUUUGCUUCAGUAAACUUUAAAGUGCAAAAUUAAUUGACAAUUGUUGAGAAAAUUAAGUUUUUACGCAAAGCACCCAUAUAGGAAACCGGUUCAUGGGCACUCAGUUACGUGUAGAAAGAGAUACAAUUUUGUUACAACAACACAAAAAAAUAUAAAUAAACAAUACGUAGAGGCAAUCAGGUGUUUUGAUGACUGAAAAUAGUAAAAAAUUAAUUUUUAGAGAAUUUAUUUGGAUAAAAAAUUGAAUUAUUGUGAUUUUUUUUACUAAAAAUAGUUGAAAAAUAAUUUAAAAAAAAUGCCUAAAAGAGGAUGUUUUAAAACUUGUGCGGCGGAAACGUCUCUUGAUAAUUGUGGAUUUGAUCAUCAUUCGCCGGAUGAAUUUGUGAAGUCACAGUGGCAAGAUUGCACGAAAAGCAACAUUUUCCUGCUCUACCGUUGGGCAAUCGCAAUUUUCUUCAUUUCCAUCGUCACAUAUUCGCUUUAUGCGCACAUCAAUAUCUACCAUCAUGCGAUCGGAUAUUAUUUUAUAUAUUUAACGGACAUUGGCAUCAUUCUAUGCAUGCUUUGUACGUUACUCGGAGCUAUUUUAGCGACAAUUUGGCAUUUUCAUCUAGCAGAUCAAGACAUGAAAACGUCCGAAAUGCCGACAAUUUUCAAAAUUUACUGGAUCACCCACAACACGAGCUUCAUUUUGUCCCUUUUGAUCACCUUGAUGUACUGGACUGUCAUUCACACGCCCGAAAAAGCGCUCGAUUUGACGAAUUUCUUCACGCAUCUCUGCAACUCGGUGUUCAUGCUGAUCGAUUUUGUCGUCGUUGCGCAUCCCGUGCGAAUUAUGCACGUCGCUUGGCCCCUUCUUGCCCUCGUCAUUUACGGGAUUUUCACGCUGAUUUAUUAUUUGGCAGGCGGCGUCGAUCCGGAAGGCAAUCCGUACAUUUACGAGGUCAUCGAUUGGAGCCGUUUGGAUGUCGUGCUGCCCGUGAUGUGCGUCAUUGUCAUUUUUAUCGUGUUUUUGCACACCGUCGUCUUUUGGAUGUACCGCCUGCGAGUGUACAUUUUUAACAAAUAUUUCACGAAGAAACUCGUCAUCGCCGAAGGGCAAUCCAAUUUAACAUUCCAGUCAGACUCGUUGGACAAUGUCAAUGUUAGGACAUGAAAUUUCGUCUUUUUUUGUUAAAUAAUUAUUUUUUUUAUGUAAUAAAGACUGUUAUUUUUUUUUAAAUCAGAACAAAAUGCGUCACUAACUAGAUGGGAAGUCCCGAAAAAAAAUUAAAUUUUUUUUUUGUUCUCUAAAAUUGUUUAGAAGUUCAAAGUCAAGUGAAUGCCAGACUGAAUGACGCUAGUUGGUUAAUGGUAAAAAUGUUCAAUGUGUCAAUUUAUCUAAGUAAUUGUUUCU